CGACAAAUGAGGCGCUCGCUUCUAAACAGGAGAGAGUCAUAGUGCGAAACCAAAAUAACAGAGACGAGUAGAGAAGCACCACUGCCACCAUGUGUCCAACAAAGCAAAAGCACCGGAGCUCCGUCCCCGACCACGCCGGAAAAUGCUCCAAAUCGGAGGAUUCUACAACCUCCACCGCCGACUGGAUCUCCGAGUCCGUCCACGGCGGAUCCUUGCGCCAUGUGGACCUCACCACCGGAACCAACGGCUGGGCGUCCCCUCCCGGCGACCUAUUCUCUCUCCGCACCAAGAAAUACUUGUCGAAUAAACAAAAAGGCCCCGCCGGCGACUACCUACUCCAGCCGUGCGGCACCGACUGGCUCAGAUCCAGCACGAAACUCGAUAACGUACUCGCCCGCCCCGAUAAUCGCGUGGCCAACGCGCUGCGGAAGGCUCAGUCCCAAGGGAAGUCGAUGAAGAGCUUCAUUUUUGCCGUGAAUCUCCAGAUUCCCGGCAAGGACCAGCACAGCGCGGUUUUCUACUUCGCGGCGGAGGAUCCAAUCCCCGCCGGCUCUCUCCUCUACCGGUUCAUCCACGGCGACGACGCGUUCCGGAAUCAGCGGUUCAAGAUCGUGAACCGGAUCGUGAAGGGGCCGUGGAUCGUCGUGAAGACGGUGGGGAAUUACAGUGCGUGUUUGCUGGGGAAGGCGCUGACGUGUAAUUACCACAGAGGACCCAACUACCUGGAGAUUGACGUCGAUAUCGCGAGCUCGGGGAUCGCGAAGGCCAUUUUGCGACUCGCAUUGAGGUACGUGACGAGCGUGACGAUAGACAUGGGGUUCGUUGUGGAGGCGCAUGCGGAGGAUGAGCUGCCUGAGAAGUUAGUCGGCGCGGUUAGGGUAUGCCAGAUGGAGAUGUCGUCGGCGACGGUCGUGGACGCGCUGCAGACGACGAUCGUAGCGCGUGGAUUGAGUUUUGCGUCGAAGGUGAAUCAUCAUAAGUCCGGCGACGACGACGACGACGAUUGAGAAUCUUAACCGGCGGUAGCUUUUUAUUUUUUUUAUAUUUAAAAAAACGUUUAAUUAUUAUUUGUUGUUAAUUGUAAUUUUCACUUGGUGGGUUCAUCCCUUUUUUCAUGGGGAUUGAUGUGUAGAUAAUAAAAUUGAAAAUCGUAACAACAAAUGACAAUGCAACUGAUUUCUCA